AUGGAACUGGCCACUUCUAGCAUUGUGGUGGACAUUGGAUCAUCGAGCACCCGCGUGGGUUAUGCCGGUGAGGGUAGCCCCUCGCAGCUCCUGAAUUCGUGUAUCGGUGUUCGCGAGAUAUACAGCUCGGCUGGAAGUAAUUAUGAAGCAGAGAGUAGCCAAACCGCUGCAGCUCGCGAGCUUCUCUUCCCUUUAAACUUCUCUGAGCGUCGAGAUGGUGUGGAAGUGGUGCCCGCACUUUACCCGACGUGGCGUGGCUCAAGUGGGAAGCGGGACGGCGACACGAGUCCGACAUACACACUACACGAAGAGGCAUUUGAGACUAUUGUGGCCCUUAGCUGCACGGGCAAACCCCCUUGCUCUGCGGGACGUUGUGCAAAAGGAGGGAGGGGCUCUUUGGGCACCUUGAGCACCGGUGAUACCAUGCCCUCUCCUGACAGCGUACUGCGUUUGACGGAGUUAUGUGGCAUGGGGGCAGACUUGCGGGAGCAGCCUGUACUUCUCACUGAGCCAAAUAUUCACUGCCGCGAGAUAAGGGAGAAGAUGGCAGAGAUACUUUUCGAGGGGCUACAAGUGGGGUGUCUGUACACCGCAAAGCGGGCACUACUCUCCUGUGUUGCGGCAGGGAGGAGCAGCGCCUUAGUAAUUGACAUGGGAGCCUCUGGUCUCUCGCUUGCUCCCGUCGCAGACUCCUUUGUCUUAGAUCAGCAUGUGUCAGAGUGGCCAGUGGGUGGCGACGCAAUGAGUCAAUUACUUGGAGCGAUUCUCAUGGGCCACAACCUGCCUGUAUUCCCCAGCUUCGCCCGCUUCUCCGCGCAGAACCGGGUGUCUAAACGGGCGCUAGACAAACCAGGGGACUGGGAUAAUGUCCAUCCUUCGUAUAUGCACUGGAGCCGCAUGCAGACCUUGUCUUACCUCAAGGAGGGGCUCUGCCGUGUAGCAGACGACCCACGGGAUGUGGCGUCAGCACGAAAGCCCAUUGCCCUUCCCAAUCAGCAGCAACAGCCCAAAAGGCGGGGGACGGCCGCUGCCUUCACUCCAGAGGGAUUCAUUCAAUCCCAGCUCCUAUUUCCAUGCUCAUCCGCGGCUUCUGCGGCAGCAUUACUUUCGGGCAGCAGUGGAAAUGAAGGAGGGGUGAUGGAACUGCCCGAUGGCACCCGGCUUGAGGCAGAGCAAGUUGCCAUGAAGGCCGGUAGCGGCGGUGGCUUCCCGGGAAUUCCGGAGGCAGUGCGACAGGUGGCUGAGGCGGUCGAGGCCGAGGGUAACAGGGACAUCCUAAGCAUCCUGAUCCUCACAGGCGGGUGCUCCUCCAUACCUGGAAUGGUUGAGCGGUUAAAUCGCGAGUUGGUGGAGGAUCCGGCAGUUUGCGGGGGCCAGAAGGUGCGUCUGCUUGCGGCCCCCGGGUCUUUAGAGCGCCGACAGUCAGCGUGGAUAGGCGGUUCCAUCUUGUCGAGUCUCAGUUCCUUUCAGGCUGCAUGGUGUAGCCGCGAAGAAUAUGAGGAACAUGGUCCCUCCGUUGUACAGAGAAAGUGCUACUAA